CCUGCCUCAUCACUUGGUCGUAGUCGUCUUCUUUCUUCUUCUACCUUCCGCUUCUGACUGUUAGAAUCAGAUUAUGUAAAUGGCGGAUUCAGAUACUCCUUAUCACCCCGACCCAGACGAUCUCCGGCGAAUACCAUUCGAUCUCUUCGCCUCCAAAAAGCUUCCCGGUCUUUCCUCCGGCGAUCUCGGCUUUGCCGAUUCCUCCGACCGUCUUGUCUUCAUCCUCCGCAAAUCCUCUUCCUCCUCCCUGAAAUCACUCCUUGAUUCCUCCGGUGUUCCACUUUUCUCCAUCUCGCGUCUCCACAAUGGAAUUUGGGAAUUACAUAAAGGAGAUGUCGCAAAGCGUAAGGAGCUGGUUCUAACGGUGAAGCGGACAUUGAACAGGUUCAGCAAAACAGAGCUAGAUGUCUCAUUUGCAAACAAUGAUAUCGCUGGAGAAUCGUUGCAACAUCUUGUCAUCAAAGGUUGUCCCUUUCAGAAAUCAUGUACCAUUUACAGUCAAGAUUCCAUUGUUGCGCAGACUAGUUUAAUGUACAAGCUGAGGCAGAUUUACGUAGGGAGAAGCAAGUUUCGACUAACGAUAUUUCCAGGAUCCAUGGAUCAUUCUCUAGUAGUCGCAAUGGUGGCUGUGUUUCUUCAAGGAAGAAAAUGAAACAAAAGUCCUCACUUUCGUUCCUAACUGUGUAAAGAAAAAUGUGAGCAAAGACAUUAUUUUAGUACUUUGCAUCAAUCGGCUCUCACAUAAAAUGUAGAUACGAGGUGAUUGCACUUUGUUGAUUCUAUAAUCUGGCCUUGACCCAUGAGA